AUGGUAGAAAUGGUAGAAAUUAUAGUAGGAGUAGUAGUUAUAGUAGGAGUAGAAGUUAUAGUAGGAGUAGAAGUAGAAGUUAUAGUAGAAGUAGAAGUUAUAGUAGGAGCAGGAGUAGAAGCUAUAGUAGGAGUAGGAGUAGAAGUUAUAGUAGGAGUAGGAGUAGGAGUAGGGAUAGAAGAAGAAAGGAAAAUAGGAGAAGCAGCAAUAGGAAUAGAAACGAUAAUAAUAGGAUUAAAAGUAAUAAAAGAAGUGGUAAAAGUAGAAGGAGUAGAAGGAGGAGCAGAAGUGAAAGUAGUAGUAGUAGUAGAAGUAGUAGUAGUAGAAGAAGUAGCAUUAGUAGAAGUAGCAUUAGUAGGAGAAGUAGCAUUAGUAGAAGAAGUAGCAUUAGUAGUAGAAGAAGUAGCAUUAGUAGAAGAAGUAGUAGCAUUAGUGUUAAGAGGAGGAGGAGAAGGAGUGGAAGCGGCAAUAGUAGAAAUCGAAGAAAAAGUUAUGAUGAUAGUAGAAAUAGGAAUAACGAUAGUGAUAGAAGAAGUGUUGUAA